AUGUCUAAUGCAGGCGCACCUUCCACGGGCGCUGGCCAGACUGGCAGCACAUUCACCCCAGUUCCGCCGCCACCUACUCCUGGCACAACCGCACCAGCGCCAUCCACAACCACCACUACCACGGCGCCCCCCAGUAAUCAAAACCUGAAUCAAAUAGUCACGGACUAUCUGAUCAAGCGAGGAUACACACGCACUGAGGAAGCAUUUCGGAAAGAGAUAGCUGGUGGCCCUGCCAAAUCAGAAGAGGACGAAAACAAAAGAUUAAAGCCUGACAAAUAUGUGGCUGCCUUUGAGCAUCUCGUCAAGUGGGUGGACAACUCUCUCGAUCUCUACAAGUUCGAGCUGGGAAAGGUUCUUUGGCCCGUGUUUGUCUAUUCUUAUCUUGACCUGGUCAAGUUUGAAUACAAGCUCCGCGCCGAAUCAUUCAUGCUACAGUACAAGGAGCGCUUCGAGAAUGUUCGGGCAGACGAGGUCAACAGCUUAAAGCUGGUCAAGACCCCCAAGCAGCUUGAGGAAAACCCAGUCGCCCGUCUCUACCUCAGGAACAAGUACAAGAUACCAUUGAACAAGUUCUCUACCGGAAACCUUUUCAAUUUCUUGGAGCGAGACUCUGAAGAGUGUGGCAACAUUGUCACAUAUAUCCUCGGCACAUUCUGCGACGUUGAAUCCAUCGAACGGGGCCCCAUCGAGCCCUUCAGCUUUGAGGCUAUCUAUCGCCGAGCUAGAAAUCUAGAACUUGACGACGUCGACGCUCAGGAGGGUAUUCCUGGCAUUCCGGCAGCUGGCGCCGUCACACUCAACAAGGAGAUUCUCGAAAACGGCAACAACGCCGCCCUGAAGCUGGGACUUCUCCCAAUGGAGCCUGAGCUACGAGGCGACGUUCUUGCCGAGUUGGAGGACGAGGACAAGCAGAACCCACCGCCAGAUGGUACACGCUCUCUAGUCGACGAGUUCAACCUCAUGCACCCUAUCAAGAAGGAAGCCGGAGACUCUCCACAGCGGACAGACAUACCCUACCCGCCCUCUAGAGCCAGGGACAUUGUCAUGGAGAUCCAGAAGGUACGAGAGAACAGGGACCGCUUCAAGAUUGAGGGCCGCAGUGGUGGAGUUGGUCCUGCAGUAACGGUCUGCAUGUACACUUUCCACAAUAGCCUGGGAGGUUACUCUUGCAUGGAUUUCUCCAAGGACCAGAAGCUUGUGGCUGUUGGCACAACCGAGUCAUAUAUUCGAGUAUGGACACUUGACGGGUCACCACUCAAGUCUCAGCUACCGAAUGAGCAGAACCUGAAAGUUAAUAACCGCAAACUCAUUGGCCACUCUGGUCCUAUCUACUCUGUUGCCUUCUCAGACGCGACCAAGAACCUCGACAAGAACAUUUUUGAGGACGGACCGAAAGUCGAUACAGAUGCAAAGCUGCUCAUUUCCUGUUCGUACGACGGGCAGAUCCGGCUAUGGUCCCUAGAGACAUGGACUUGUCUCUGCGUCUACAAGGGUCACUACGGACCGAUCAUGAAGUUGGCAUGGGGUCCUCAUGGACAUUACUUUGCUACGGGUGGCUGGGACAAGACUGUGCGCGUUUGGUCCCAAGAUCGAGUGUCAUAUGUUCGACUCAUGGUUGGACACGAUACUCCCAUCUCUGCUCUCUGUUGGCAUCCAAAUGGUGCCUAUUUAUUCUCUGCUUCUGAUGAGGCUGAUAAGACUAUUCGAAUGUGGUCUGUCUCAUCGGGUAACUGUGUUCGCAUCUUCACUGGACAUACCGACUACAUCUCGACAAUGGAAGCUUCACCCAAUGGCAAGAUACUGGCCUCUGCCGAUACCGGUGGCAAUAUCAUGCUUUGGGACAUUGCCAAGGGCGAAAGAAUCAAGCGCAUGCGUGGUCACGGACGCAACGGCAUUUGGUCCAUCAGCUUCAAUGUUGAAAGCAACACCCUUGUGAGCGGAGGUGCUGACAUGACUGUCCGUGUCUGGGAUAUUGAAAUGCCAGCAGAGGGCACGCGCACAGCAGUCCAAGCUGAGGGAGGUGACGGCGCCGUUGUUGCCAGUGGAAGCGGAGCAGGCACAGAUGGAAAGGCUGCAGCCACCACCACACAGGGAGCAACUAGCGGCACUGGCACCACUGGCACUGGCAAAAAGAAGGGUAAGGAAGUUAUGAUCACGCCGGAUCAGAUCAGUUGCUUCCCUACAAAACGUACCACCGUCCACAAGGUCAUGUUUACGAGGAUGAAUCUUGUCAUGGCUGGUGGCUGCUACGAACCAGAGCAGCGAUGA